AUGUUGGGAGGGACGGGCGCGGUGAAGUUCUGGUUGCGGAAGUUUAGGCCGGUGACUUUUCCGGCGAGGCAGGUGAUGAACGGCCAUUGGCAGGGGGGUGACGUGGCGUUCCAGUGGCGGAGGGAGGGUGGGUUGUUGAGGAGGUUUUUGAGGGUGAGAAGCGUUGACCGGUCGUCGAGCUGGGAGAUUACGGUUACGGGGAUUGAGGUGAGGAGGAGGAAGAAGAAGAGGAAGGGUAAAAUGGUCAUUUCGGUUUGGUUUGUUGAGGUGAAUGGUGAGUGA